UUUAAGAAUUUCAGCCACGUGCUGACUUGAAUCCUAAUGACUGCUCUGACCGGUUUUUUCUAAUGAGCCAUUAGUAAAUCCCACACCCGCUAUCCGCAUCCAUGACUCUCUAACCUCUCACGUUUGCUUGUUGUAUCUUCCGUUCUCUUCCUCACAUGUCUCGUGUCAUGCUCUGCCUUUUGAAACGUCGAAUUUGAAGCAGUCCAACGUGUCCUGCUGAAUACCUUUGGUCGUCCAUAUCCGGCAGCCGUUUCAUGUCAUUCAUACGGUAACUCUUUCAAAUUGGCAGGCAGUCCGACAUUUCUCAACGACCUCGUGAACACCGUCACUGUCCCGCUUGGAAUCCGCUACCUCUAGGAUAUUCUGACGCGUCGAGCUUUCUAGCAAUCAGAGCAGUUCAAGAGCAUGACCACCAUGGCCUCGUCCACAGCGACUCAAGUGCCAAAUUGGGAUGGUCAGAUUGUCCCUGCGCUCAAGAAACGCCUCGAAGGCGAAUCCGUGUACUUGUCGAGCAGAUUAUCCGGUACGAAUUUUCCAGAAGCUGAAUCCUCCAUACCUGCUCCAGCUCCAUCUGGACCUUCUUCGUCAAAGCCUGCAGCAUCUUCCAUACCACGAGCCAGGACCAAAUCAACACCUCUGGCCAUCGGUCCUGGUCCAGCCGCUCGCCCAGGCACAUCGUCGAAUAAAAGGUGGCAAGAACCUUCGAACAUUCCUGUUGGCGUCCGGUCACCACAUGCAAGUGGUCGACAGGCUAAGCGUGAUCCAAGUCUAUCGACCUUGAGUCCAGAUUUACAAGCUUCAUCGACAUUAUCUCCUCCCGCUGCUAUUCCUUCAGCUUCUUCCUCCCGCCGCCCAUCUCUAGACGCCCCUCGGUCGGAAGCCUCCUCAUCUUCCCAAAUCAUCCAUCGACAACGAUCUAAAUCAUCUCUUGGUCCCAGACCUAGCGUUUCCCGCUCUCCCCGAGACAAUGGCAGCACCCAUAUCAUGCCGUCCAGUAUUCCCGUCUACACUGGUCGGUUGUCCCCGAAUAGAUCACCUGGUCGAUCCCCUCAUCCUUCGCCAGGGCAGUCUUCCAUCUUGGACUUUUCGGAUUCGGGUCGGAAUUCCCUCGAGCUGGAUUCUGGAAGCAAGAUACGAGAAGGGUUCAUCAAGAAUGAGCUCCCACCCUUCCGAAUGAUGCCGGAUGAAGCGAUGAGAAUAGCGGAGAACGGCCACGAUAUACAAGAUGAAGAUGAUCAGUUCGCUUUCGGACUUAUGACGGACGAAGAAGAAGGGGACAAGACAGAGAGCCCGGUAGAAAUGUCCAAGGAGCAUCAACCUGGAGACUUUGGCGAGAUGCCUGUGGAUAAGCGGAAACGGGCGGAAACGAUGAAAGCUAUACCGAGCAAAAAAGCCACGAGACCACUCGGAACGAAGAGUACCGGUGCAGCUACGCUGAGCGCUCGGCCGUCUACGGGAUCCGCAUCUAGCAAGAUUUCUGGACUCCCUCGGUCCGCUACCACAGGCUUAGGUUUCGGUCACCCUUCGACACGAGUCGCAGGACCAUCCAAAGGUCGAUCAGCUUCUGGUCAGCCAACCGGCUCAGCCUCAGUCUCGGCAUUGUCAGGCUCGAGAUCAGCUUCCAUGAAUGUUCUUGCCUCUCAGCCGUCCUCGACUUUUCGUCUGGGAGUCGCUGCCCAUCUCAUCCCUCCUGAGAAUCCGUACACCCCUCCGAAAGGUGUCAACCCCGAGACGAUGCCUGUACCAACUGUCGCAAAGCGUCUAGAGGCCGAAGCAGCUCAGAAGUCCGGCUCAGGCCCCCAGGAUGAUGACCUGGUAGUGGAAUGGGAUAAGAAUGGAAAACCGAUAAAGUGGAUCAAAUGGAACAAGAAGAACGAAGGCGGACUAGGUAGCAGCGCCGAGCAGGAUCAAGCUGAAGCAUCUGGUGAGACUCUGAAAGGCUCUGCCUUGGGUCCCAAUGCUUCGCUCGCAAAUCAAUCGCCCGCAACGUCGUUCGAGCACCAUUUGGGAACAGAGAUAUCUCGGUCGAGCUCUUCCAAGAGACUUGCUCCGAAACGUUCGACGUCGUCGCUACGCCAAGGCUCUCCAAGCCCAAGCAUUGCUCCUCCACUCCCGAACAACACUGGAUUGGAUCCUUCUCAGCAGCCCGGAUCUUAUCCUCUACGACCCAAGAGAUCAGCUGAAAAUAUUCCCUUGGCGACCCUAGGUAACCUUCCCAGGACUGCAUCAGGACCUUCGAACACGUUCCACGAUUCGUCUGUGGGUUCUCACGGAGCCUCGACUUCAUACGGGACGCCUUCUGCUCCUAUGGCUGAAUGGGGCACCCCGAUUCAUCGACAGCCGAGUCCGGACAAGUUGACAAGGUCACACAGCACGUUGUUGAAAAAGGACAAAUCAGGCUCCAUGUCUCGACAACAUUCUGCGAGUGGCGUCAGCAGCGGUGAACCUUCAAAUUCGGCGAAUGAUAAAAGCAUCGAUAGGCGUGGGGCGCACGGUCCUACUCAAUCGUUUGAUGGUAUGCCAAAAGCCUACGGGGAUUUCAAUUUUGGUCCAUUGGGUUCAGGUGAUCCCACAAUCGGUGCCAAUGGUGGAUCUCGACCUGUGCCCAUCACCCCUGGAACGACGCACAUGAUUCAGGAGACAGCUUAUAAAGACAAAUACAAGCAGCCUGCGGCGCCUAGAGGGAAGAGUAAGGACGAUCAUGUGGAUAAAGGAUGUGGAUGUGUCGUCAUGUAAAGGUGCUCUCGCAUGUUUCGUUCUGUAUCGGUGUACUCUGUCUCGUGGCACACGAACAUUAUUGUGCAUGCACCGUCAACAGGGGCAGAUGUCCUCUCGGAUCUCCGAAGCGCCAUUCCUCUAACAAUGGCACGAAUGCAUGAUGAGGCCUGGCCAGGGUAGUUGUGCCACUCUGCUCUCAGCUGUGUGUGUGCGCCCUUCACUCCC